UAUUCUUGAGCGCCGCGUGCGACCGCGUCAGUCGAUCGUUCGAACGCGCGCGUGUACGUUUGUAUUCUAAUAACGGCAAUAAUAUUUAUGAUAACAAUAUUAUUGUUAAAUUUUAACGGGUCGACGGCAACGGGAUUUUUUAUUUUUGCUGUGAACAUCAAAUUUACGGACAACAUUUUUUCGUCCCCACGAUCUCGCGCCACAAUCGGCCUGAGCCUAGCCGUGUUUGUCACACCGACCGAUUUAAGGUGUACCUAAAUCAUAGUUUUUUCACGGACACGUCACUGGUGUCACGGACAGAAUAGGUUUUUCGAUUUCGGAACAGAAAAACUAACACGUGCAAACAGACGUUGAUGAGACAACCGUGGGCUAAAAUUCAAAGAGCCUCUGAAAACAACAUGCCGAUGAAAGUCAAAAGCUAAAGAACGACAGCGUUAAGACAGAGAAAAAAUGGACCAAAAUUCCUAUAGUCCAAACAGGAAGAAACCUCUCGAGAAGAGAUCGUGUACGGAUUGCUUGUGCUUCAUCGGUUUCAGCUUGUUCAUAGCUUGCUGGGUGGCGUUGGCCAGUUAUGCUUAUCAAAACUCAGACCUAGAGCUGUCGCCGUCAGAUUCAAACGGUCAAGUAUGCGGUCGAAACAAGAACGUGUCGAAGAAUCCAUACCUGUUCUUUUUCGACAUAACCGAAUGUACGUCGCCGAUGAUUUUCGUCCACAGGUGCCAAACUCCUCAGGUAUGUGUGGAAAAUUGUCCAAACACGGAUUGGUCCGUCAAAGAAGUGUUGGACACCAAAGACUCUCAAGUCGACUGGCCGGCCGUACAGAAGGCUCUGAUAUGCGUAUCUCCUGAUCUCAACAAAUUGGUCAAUUCGAAGGAAGUGCUGAAAAACUUUACAUCGUCCAACCAAUGUGCCAAAUAUUACACUAAGAGUGAAAACCUGUUUAAUUAUUGCAUUCCUACGCUGAGCGGUGACCCGGAGAGUCUGAAACAAAUUCUGAGUUCCAACAAUAUCAUGAUGAGCAAUUUCAUCGACGGUACUACUAUGGUCGAUUUGUUAAAAGUAUCGAAAGAAACCAGUCUACACAUAAUAGAGGAUUUGGAAAAAAGCUAUGAACACAUUUUUGUUGGUCUGCUCAUUGCCAUCUUCUUCAGUCUCACUUACAUUCUGCUGCUAAGGUGGUUCAGUUGGAUAAUGGUUUGGUUGUCAUUGUGGGCUAUCGUGGGUCUAUUAGGUUUUGGUAGCUACGAAUCGUACGCGAGAUACGUGGCUUUCGGUGACGCCGAUUCUGUUUCUACGAUGACGGAAGACGGAGAACCGACCGACAUUGCUACUGGCGGCGGCCGGCAGAGUUGGUCCAACUACGCAAACGCUAAACUGAACAAAAAGUCCACUUGGCUGGUGUUCACCAUCGUGUCGACCGUCGCGCUGGUUAUUUUGCUGUUGAUAAUCAUAUUCUUACGCAAACGGAUACGGCUGUCCAUAGCGCUCAUCGUGGAAGGAAGUCGAGCGAUACUCGAGAUAAAAACAUCACUGGCGUUCCCGAUUUUUCAGUGGCUUUUAUACUUGGUGGUGCUGGUUUGGUUUUUCGGUGUGGCCAUUUAUCUGUCGUCCAUGAAGUUGUACGUGUUCAAAGUCAAAGGCCUCGCCAACGACCACCAAUGUGUGUGCAACAACAGUUACUACAAGGACGGUGACUGGUGCACUGAGUCCAAAUGGGAAUGGUACUGCAGCGCAACCGGCCAAAACAAGACCAUGUGCAAACUGGCAAAAUGUGCAUACGACCACAGCGUGUCACAGGACUUCAUCACUGGACUUCAGCUGUUUAACGUGUUCGGAAUGUUGUGGUUGAUGAACUUCGUGUCGGCCUUCUCCCAAAUGGUGCUCGCCAUCACGUUUACCUCAUGGUACUGGACGUUCCACAAGAGGGACUUGCCGUUCUUCUCUCUCACGAGUUCCUUCUAUAAAACAAUCAGAUACCACUUGGGAACUGUCGCUUACGGGUCUCUGAUCAUCGCCAUUUGCAACUUUAUACGCGCAAUACUCGAAUGGGUGGAAACCAAACUAAAGAAGUACGACAAUUCAUUCACUCGAGCCAUAUUCACGUGCAUGCGGUGCUUCUUUUGGCUACUGAACAAGUUCUUGCGGUUCGUCAACCGGAACGCGUACAUCAUGUGCGCCAUGUACGGGAAGAACUUUUGCACUUCGGCAAAACAGGCGUUCGACCUGUUGUUGAGAAACGUCAUGCGAUUAGUAGUUCUAGAUAAGGUGACUGAUUUCAUAUUUUUCGUCGGCAAAAUCGUCAUCAUGGGCACCACCAUCGCGGCAUUUUAUUUCGGGUUCUACGAACCACUAGAGCCGAUCAGAAAGUUUGAGUUCUUCAACCAGCCCGUCCUCAAUUACAAGUGGCUUCCAAUGGUCAUCAUAGCCGCAAGCUCUUGGGUGAUAUCGUCCACGUUCUUCCACGUGUAUUCAAUCGCCGUCGACACUUUGUUCCUAUGCUUUUUGGAAGACUCUGAACGAAACGAUGGAUCAGCUGAUCGUCCGUACUUCAUGUCACGGAAAUUGAUGAACAUACUGGGAACGAAAAACGUGCUGUAAUUUUCAACGCGUUGACAACACGAUAUGAUUUAUAUGUUUAAUAUAUCAUCUAUUGUACAUGCGAUCGUGUAAUAUACAUAAACCCAUAUAUAUAUAAUUGUGCUACCCACCGCUGACGCCGCCACGUGUGUUCGUAAAAAAUAUAUAAAUAUUAUUUACCCUAAAUAAUAUAUUAUAAUAUACAUGUACGACAUGCGUAUAUGUCGUAUACGGUUUCCUUCCCCCGCCAACCAUGAUAAUAUUAUUAUUAUUAACUACAUUUUAUUUAAUAAUUUUUGUAUUUUAUUGUAAUAUAAUAAUUUAUAUUAUAAGCAUGAACACUACACAGAGUGAUUAUUUUGUCGUGGACCAUCAUGCUAUGUAGAAUAUACUUAAAAAAUCACAACUAUUAUUAUUAUUAUUAUUAUUAAUAUUCAACAACAUAUUAUUUUAGAUUUUUUUAUGAUUAUUAUAUUAUUAUUAGUAUAUUUUGUUCUUGAAUGUUAAAAAAUCCCUAUAUUUUCUAACAUACUACCAGAUGGCUCACGAUAAAAAAAAACAUUACUGUGUAGGUUGGCGUGUAUUGCUUAUCACGUUAUUCUAUAGUAAAUAAUUUUAAUUUUACACUACAGAUAGAACACAUCGACUGUGUGUGGUGAUAAUAUAUACCUAUUACCUAUAAGUCCUAUUCGUACCAAACUUUAGUAUAACAAUAAAAAAUAAUUUCGGGGGAGAAGGGCCCCUCCGAAAAACGACGAGUCGUUAAGAAUGUAGUGAUUGUAUUUAAUCUACCUAUAUAUAACUAUAUUCUAUUACCAAACAAAUUAGACCAUAUCAAUAUUAUGAUCAUCUAUUCGUCUCCAUCCCCUCUAGUCUGCAGAUCACACUCUAAACACCCCUUUUUAUACAAUUUAAACAGUAGGUUUAAAGAGGUAAUGUGAUAUACUAAGUGUGUGUAUUGUGGUUUGUCGACAUUUAUAUGAAGGAUGUAUGGAUUUCAAUGCAAAAUUUUCGACGUUUAAGAAACGUUUCUGCAGCUGUGUAUCGUUAUUUUAAGGUACAACGUUAUAUCUAUCUACACUUAGACUUAAAAAUAAAAUAAUAUAAUGUUAUUAUUUUACUUUGUUUUUUUGGUCUAACUUUUAUAAAUGUUCAAAUGUUGGCUAUUAUUUCAACGUUGUCAAAAUCUGCGCCCCGCCCCCACGUGAUAAUAUAUAUUAGAAUCUUUUAUACGAAUUAAUCGACGAGCUUAUUUAUAUUUAUAUUUAUAAUAUACUGUACGCGCUUGAUAAUUUUUUAAAAAAAAACAAACAAACAAAAUGUUUUAAGGCUGUUAUAUAUUGUAGUGUACCAUAAGAAAUAUUAUAUUUAUACAAAUUUAAUACAAUAAAAAUCUAUAUAAUAUGAAUUAUUUCUACGUAA